GACUGCUUCUCACAAAGCAACACUAACAGGGUGGUGUGGCUGGAGACGUCAGCUCGAUCGCUAUGCGCGUCUGAAUCACCGAUUGUGUGAAAAUUUGUGUUUUGGUCUCGGGGAGGUGGUGACUGCAGAAAAGCCGACCGCAGCCAAGGGGGGUCCGCAGGACUAAAGGACAUCCAGAGGAUCUGCGCGGCUGCUGCAGCAGCGGACUGGCAAUAUGCUGAACUUUGCAAGGAAUGCACGGCGAUGCUGACCUGGCGUAUACAGCGGUUUUGUCUGAUGUGUCUCGCUUCCUUUGUGCUCUGAUGUCAAAGGUUUUCCAGUGCGUGAGUGCCAGCACUCUCCUCCUCCGCACAAAGCCCCGGUCUGUGGGCAGGACCUCUUCAUUAUCACCUGCAGUACACGGACAAUCACCCUGUAUAGUACACAGAGGAGGCUGGAGCCCCACCGGAGCUGGUCACAGAUUACAGAUGAGGAGGCCCAAUCCCAGCGCUGGAAGGAGCCUUCUGAAGCGAGGAGUAAGCACUCCAUCGCGUGGUGCAAGAUCUGGAAGCAGCCACACAAAGAUGAGUCUCCAUGGUGCCAGCGGCGGUCACGAGCGAUCACGGGACAGAAGGCGAUCGAGUGACCGGUCUCGGGAUUCAUCCCACGAGAGAGGAGAGAGCCAGCUGACCCCGUGCAUCCGAAAUGUUACCUCGCCCACGCGGCAGCAUCAGAGCGAUCGAGAGAAGGAAUAUUGUUCCUCCCGGCCGAGCAGUCCCCGCCCUCAGAAAAUCUCACCGAACGGUUCCAGUAGUAGUGUCGGAAUGAGUAGCCGGAACAGUAGCCAGUCCAGUUCAGAAGGGAUCUGUAAGACCGCUGGGGAGAUGGUGUUUGUUUACGAUACGGUGAAAGAAGGCGCUCGGAGCAUACGCACCUCCGAGAGGGUCACGCUCAUAGUCGACAACACCAGAUUUGUUGUCGAUCCGGCUAUUUUCACGGCGCAGCCAAACACAAUGUUGGGCAGGAUGUUUGGAUCCGGCAGAGAACAUAAUUUCACUCGUCCCAAUGACAAAGGAGAGUUUGAAGUGGCAGAAGGAAUCAGCUCCACUGUGUUCCGGGCGAUCCUGGAUUACUACAAGACGGGGAUAAUUCGUUGCCCAGACGGAAUAUCCAUCCCAGAGCUCAGAGAGGCCUGUGACUAUCUGUGUAUCUCCUUUGAAUAUAGCACUAUCAAAUGUAGAGACCUCAGUGCUCUGAUGCACGAGCUGUCCAAUGACGGGGCCCGAAGGCAGUUUGAGUUUUAUCUGGAGGAGAUGAUCCUUCCGCUGAUGGUGGCCAGCGCUCAGAGCGGGGAGCGGGAGUGCCAUAUUGUGGUUCUGACGGAUGACGACGUGGUGGACUGGGAUGAAGAGUACCCUCCGCAGAUGGGAGAAGAGUAUUCUCAGAUCAUUUACAGCACCAAGUUGUACCGAUUCUUUAAGUACAUUGAGAACCGAGACGUGGCCAAGUCUGUCCUGAAGGAGCGAGGUCUCAAGAAAAUCCGGCUGGGGAUCGAAGGUUACCCGACAUACAAGGAGAAGGUGAAGAAGAGGCCUGGAGGGCGGCCUGAGGUCAUCUACAACUAUGUCCAGCGGCCCUUCAUCCGGAUGUCCUGGGAGAAGGAGGAAGGGAAGAGCAGACACGUGGACUUUCAGUGCGUCAAAAGCAAAUCCAUCACAAACCUGGCCGCGGCGGCCGCCGACAUCCCCCAGGACCAGCUGGUGGUCAUGCACCCGACGCCGCAAGUAGAUGAACUGGACAUCCUGCCCAAUCAACCCACACCGGGUAACAAUGACACCGACCCAGACGGGCAGAACUCCACGUUAUAAAUACAGGGGGGGACCAUGCCGCCGCCGUCUCUGCUGGCCAGUCGUUGGGGCCCCUUAACAUCCAAAGGAGACCUGGAAUCGUGGCAUCGCAGGAGGUAAAUGUGUCGCCGGGAACCACCAACGCUUUCUCUACAAUCAUUGCAACGGGAGGGCAGGAGCGGAGAGGUCCAUGCUGUCACCGAUGAACCGUUUUUUGGUUGUGCCGUGUGGGAUUUUUUUUAUUUUUAUUUUUUCCAAGACCAAGGAAUGAGGUUUCCGGCCGUGUACCGUGUUACCGUGGCUUUGUGAUGUCGGCUGUCUCUUCACUCCCCCCUCCCCCCCCUCUUCUUCCUAUCAUGUUGUAACAGAAACUCUCUAACACUUAGUGGAGGAGAUGAGCUUCCUCCCUUCGAGGGGUACACCCCCUCCCCCCCCCGUUUUAUUUUUAUGGUAGUGGCACUUUAUGGAUGGUUUCCGAUGGUGUUUUUGUAAAGUUUAUUUUAUAGUAAAUUAGUACUAAACUUUAAAAAGGUGCGUCUAUAAAAAAAAUUGUACAAGUUUGGGUGUAAUCCCCUCUAAACGUAUCGGUUGAGCACAAUGGACUUUUUUUUUUUAUAUAUAUAUAAUAUAUAUAUAUAUAUAUAAAUAUUACACCACGAGGAGUGUUUUCACAGGCUGCGCUCAGAACCCCUCACAGACGACGUCUUGUGUUUUUUUUUUUUUUUCUUCUGUUUUUUUACUUUGCGAAUCCGCUCUGCGGACAAAUGUACCGAACUUUUGCCUGUAGGGGCUUCAAGCAAUGCCUUACACCACACAAUCUUUCCGGGGAGAAGUUUACCAAUAGAAUUGUUUAUUAUAUUAAAUGAUUGUAUGUUUUGCAUUCAAAUAAAAAAAAGUCAUUCUUUUAAAAAA